AUGAGGAUUUACAAGAGGCCUGACUUCAGAGGGCAGAUGAUGGAAUUCAUGGACGACUGUCCCUCUGUCUACAAUCGAUUCCAUUACCGUGACAUCCACUCCUGCCAGGUGACGGAUGGUUGCUACAUCUUCUAUGAACAGCCCAACUACAGAGGCCGACAACAGAUCAUCUUCUACGAGGACAGGAACUUCCAGGGUCGGCACUACGAGUGCAGCACCGACUGUGCCGACCUGUCCCCUUACUUCAACCGCUGUAACUCCAUCCGCGUUGACAGUGACUGGUGGGUGGUGUACGAGAGACCCAACUACAUGGGAUACCAGUAUGUGCUGAGCAGGGGAGACUAUCCUGACUACCAGCGCUGGAUGGGAUUCAAUGACUGCAUCAAGUCAUGUCGCAGAUUCCCACAGUACCGAGGAGGCACCUACAGGAUGAGGGUUUACGAGAGGCCUGACUUUGGAGGGAAGAUGAUGGAAUUCAUGGAGGACUGUCCCUCUGUCUACGAUCGAUUCCGUUACCGUGACAUCCACUCCUGCCAGGUGAUGGAUGGUUACUGGAUCUUCUAUGAGCAGCCCAACUACAGAGGCCGACAGUACUUCCUGAGACCCGGUGAAUACAGGAGAUACAGUGACUGGGGCGGCUACAACUCAAUCAUCGGGUCCUUCAGGCGCAUGAGGGACUUCUAG